AUGGCGGAUUCUUACUUGGCUCUUCGGUCCCGGCCGUCACUGCUCCUCGUCCUCCUCGUUCUACGCUGCUUCUCUCUGUCCGUGGCGACGGCGUCGGAUCCGGACGCGACGGUGACCGUCGGAGGGAUCAGCGACGCGGAGGGGGCUCCGGUCGGCGCCGAGAUCGAGCAGCUUGCCCGCUUCGCCGUCGACGAAGACAACAAGAAGCAUGUCCUUAAUACCCUGUUGGAGUUCGCGCGUGUGGUCAAGGCGAGGGAGCAGGUGGUUGUGGGGACUCUUCACCACCUGACCAUCGAGGUCAUCGACGCCGGGAAGAAGAAGAUAUACGAGGCCAAGGUGUGGAUCAAGCCAUGGCUCAACUUCAAGGAGCUGCAGGAGUUCAGGCAUGCCGGCGACUCCUAA